UUGAGUGUUGUUUCUGGGGAAGAAAAUGUCUGACUCGCCCAGUUCUUCCCCACCAACACCUUCUUCGGAUUCCGCUCCGCCCCCGGAUAACUCCACCGGUGGCUCUGCUCCUCCCCCAACCGAUUCAGCACCACCUCCUAGUCCCCCCGCUGAUUCAACUCCGCCACCUGAUAACUCCACCGGUGGUUCUGCUCCUCCACCAGCUGAUUCAGCACCACCACCUAGUCCACCGGCUGUUUCAACUCCGCCGCCUGAUUCGUCAUCUCCGCCGCCGGCGACUCCUCCUCCGGUAUCCCAGCCCCCGCCUGAUUCCCCACCCCCUCCUCCCCCGGAUGCUCCACCUCCAGCUGACCCCACACCUGUAGACUCCGGUUCACCACCACCGGAGCCCACUAACUCUCCUCCACCUCCUCCUCCUCCGGAGGAAUCUGAAUCACCACCGCCUCCACCAAAUGAAGAAGACAGCUCUCCUCCUCAGCCACCGCCGGAGAAAUCAUCUCCUCCGUCUUCAGAGAAAUCGUCUCCUCCGCCAUCGGAAAAAUCAUCUCCUCCGCCUUCAGAGAAAUCGUUUCCUCCGCCUCCGGAGAAAUCGUCUUCUCCGCCUUCGGAAAAAUCGUCUCCUCCUCCUGCGUCUUCACCGAAGUCAGCACCCAAGAAGAAGAAAAAAUCACCAUCACCACCACCACCUGGAGCACCCACCAAAUCUCCUUCAAACGCGCCGCCACCGCUCAACGCACCUCACGCACUACCGCCCAAGUCCACCGCCGCAGGCGGACCUCUCAAAUCUCCCUCUACCGGAGUCUCCAGCUUCCCGCCGCCGCCUCCAAACGGCAAUGACAAUGGCUAUCAAGGGAAGACUAUGGCCGGAAUGGCAGUAGCCGGGUUUGCAAUCAUCGCCGUAGUCGCCGUCUUGUUCUUUGUCAGAAGAAAGAAAAAGAGAAACGUUGAUGCGUACAGUGACUCACAAUACAUGCCUCCUCCAAACUUCUCCAUCCAAUCAGAUGGUUUGUUACACGGACAGAACACAACAAAGGGAUACUCUGUUCCUGGCGGUUACAACACACAACAACAGUCUUACAACACACAACAACAGUCCGACAACACCAGAACCAGCUUUGGUAGCCAAAGAGGGAGCCAAAGAGGUUACCCACCUGAUUCAGCCGUGAUGGGAAGUGGCCAAACGCAUUUCACUUAUGAAGAGCUAAUGGACAUAACCGAAGGAUUCGCUCAGCGAAACAUACUCGGUGAAGGUGGGUUUGGUUGUGUCUACAAAGGUAAACUAAACGAUGGAAAACUAGUUGCUGUGAAGCAGCUUAAGGUUGGUAGUGGACAAGGUGACCGUGAGUUUAAAGCAGAGGUUGAGAUCAUUAGCCGUGUUCACCAUCGUCAUUUGGUUUCUCUGGUUGGUUACUGCAUUUCGGAUGUUGAGAGGCUGCUUAUUUAUGAGUAUGUUCCUAACCAGACUUUGGAGCAUCAUUUGCAUGGGAAAGGAAGGCCAGUCCUAGAAUGGGCUAAGAGAGUCCGUAUCGCUAUAGGUUCUGCCAAAGGAUUGGCGUAUUUGCACGAAGACUGUCACCCAAAAAUCAUUCACAGGGACAUAAAGUCAGCAAACAUCCUGCUGGACGAUGACUUUGAAGCUCAGGUUGCUGACUUUGGACUUGCCAAACUCAAUGAUUCAACACAAACCCAUGUAUCAACUCGCGUUAUGGGAACAUUUGGGUACUUGGCACCAGAAUAUGCACAAAGCGGGAAACUGACGGAUAGAUCAGAUGUUUUCUCAUUUGGGGUUGUUCUCUUAGAGCUUGUAACUGGACGCAAACCAGUCGACCAGUACCAGCCUCUAGGAGAAGAGAGUUUGGUCGAAUGGGCUCGUCCGCUGCUUCACAAAGCCAUUGAGACUGGCGAUUUCAGCGAUUUGGUUGAUAGACGGCUCCAAAAUCAUUAUGCUGAAAAUGAAGUUUUUAGAAUGAUUGAAACGGCUGCUGCAUGUAUUAGGCAUUCCGGUCCAAAACGUCCACGCAUGGCUCAGGUUGUGAGAGCACUGGACAGUGAAGGAGACAUGGGAGACAUCAGCAACGGAAGCAAAGUGGGACAAACCAGUUCUAAUGACUCUGGUCAGUAUAACUCAGACGCCAUGAAGUUCAGGAAAAUGGCGUUUGGUUUUGAUGACAGCUCAGAUUCUGGAGACUACUCUGUCCGAAGCUCAAGUAGAGGAUCCCAUGGAGCUUCUACUGAGUUCACGAGGAACGAAUCUGAGAACCGAAACUUCAAUAACAGGCAGUUCUGAUUGAAACAUAGGUGAAGUUAUUAUACCUCUUCACUAAUGCUUGAGCUCUCUGAACAUCAUUAAUGCUCUUUGUAUUUUUGUGUGAGGUGCAUUUUCUUGCAUAGCCACCUUUUGGUUUUGCUCCAUA